ACAUGGCUGAAAGUUUGAAGUUGGUAUUGAUAAGCGUAUCUUAGGUUACCUAAACGGUCGCGUUGCUCUUACAUUUUCUCAUUUUUCACCUUUGCCUUACACUUCCAUUAACUUGCAAUGAAUACUCGCUCUUCAAUCUAAUUGAGAAAGCCUUCGUUGUCCCAACUCACGCUAGCUAUGUCUUCUAACCCACAUGUGGUGGCAGAGAUACACCUGCCGACUACUCUUUCGUUUACAUCUGGACCUGAUCCUGAACUCAAGUUGACACUCACCCUGGUUGGCUCCCAGCAUCCUGUGACUGUCUCGAAGAAUAAUUAUCACAUAUUUACACCGACCAACGCCUUUACGAUUACUGAGGUGGCCAGCGGUCGGGUAAUCCAAACAAUUUUCGUCGACAUAUACCGUAAGUACGGGACGCCUCUGCGACUUGACUCGGAGCACCUCGACCGGUUCUUAACUUUAGAGCCGGGCGUCCCGUGCGAAGCUUUUAAAACUAAUUUUCGCCCGCUCGGCCAGGAGAGAAAAGGCGUUCAGGGAACAGCAACGCCGACAGUGUCCAGCGACGACCCGCGCCAGAAAUACAAAUUUCUAGAAUCGGGCAUGCACUGGCUAGAGCCUGGGAAGCAGUAUCUGAUACGUGCGCGUGAAGGCGCCAGAUUUGCUACGUGGCGCUGGGGGAGAAAAGAAGAGCUCAAGCCCUGCUAUUGGCACGAAUCGGACGGAGAAGAUUUGGAAAUAAUUCCCGGUGAAGGCGUCGAGGUCCAAGUUGAGGAAUAAAACCCCUAUAUUUGACAAAAUAUCCCCUCGUAAACUCAGCGUGAACCGUAACCCCUAACCCUC